AUGAGCAGCCUGGAAGAAUUGAAGGAUGCGCUAAGGGACACUCUGGCAGCACGAGGGACACUGGGCGAUAUCCAAGCAAGAAUCAGAGCCGAGAUCUUCAAUGCACUCGAAGAAUCUGAGGAGGCGAAACCCGCUCUCUCGCACGAGAACCUCAUCAUCAACGAGCUGAUCAGGGAGUACCUGGAGUACAACCACUACAAGCACACCCUGUCGGUGCUCGUCCCCGAGACUGGGCAGCCGAUCGAGAAGAUCAACAGGACGUUCUUAGUGCAGGAAUUGGGAAUGCGGGAAGACUCAAACUCAAGGCAGUUGCCAGUCCUCUACAACAUUCUGGCGAGGUUGAAGCAGGAGAAAGGAGGGUUCAGAGCGUCUGCCCUCCCCGACUCCGCAUCGAUCAAGCCGUCCUCCUCUCACAGCUCUGGUGCGCUGGAGAUCUCCGCACGGAGCAGAGAAGGCGGGAGUGCGAGGUAA